AUGUUAGCCGCGUCCCAGUGACCGAAAGCGAUCGAUGGAGCGGCUUAAUAGCAAUAUUGUCGUGAGGCCCUCCUCGUUGAGCGGUUGACCACCUCCACUUUUGAGUGUUCGUGCGUUUAGUGAGACGCUACACUGUUGUAGUUUCGUUAGUAGGCGUCGUGUUUUCGUAGUUUGUCGCAAAAGCUAGUUAGCUAGCAAAGCUAACUUGGACGCGUACGUGGAUUGAUUUGAAAAACACAUUAGUGUCCGUUGUUGUUAAGUUGAUGUAGUGCACGAGUUGCCAGUGUAUAUUUGUGAGACCCAUGUGUUCAUUUCCCAUCUGUCAAACUGUUCGUUUGGCUUUGUUUACGUACAGCGGCGUAAACAACGGCCUACAAGCUAAAUUGACGUAAUUUGCAGGCUUUAGAGGUCGACAUUAGACAAGACUGUUUUACCAAAUACUAAAGGAUUAAGAACUAUAAUAUACAGUAGAUCUUCGGGCCUAAUGUUUUGCUUGAGUUUUAAAACCCUGCACCACGCAAGCCAAUGUUUUUUUAGUGUUAAAUUGUAAUUUGCUUAUUUAUCGAUAACGAGUGAAGCUUGUUGAAGAACCCCAGUAGUAGUCCAGAUGCAUGAAGAAGAACCUGACCAGAAAAUGAUAAAGGUCAGAAGAAGCAACUAACAGGGUGCGGCAUCUGCUGUUCAAAGCCUCCAUCCAUCACAUAACUGAUGCACCCGUGCAACUGUUUGGACUGUUGGACAGCAAAGCUGCAGCCCUGUAUACUAAGCCAGAGAACGAUCUCUUCGUCAUGAAUUGCGAUAUAGAUGGGGACAUGGAGAACCAGGUGGAGAUGGAGGAAAAGACAAGGCUGAUAAAUCAGGUGUUGGAACUUCAGCAUACUUUGGAAGACCUGUCAGCACGGGUGGAUGCGGUCAAAGAGGAGAAUUUGAAGUUGAAGUCGGAGAACCAGGUACUUGGUCAGUACAUCGAGAACCUCAUGUCUGCGUCCAGCGUCUUUCAGACCACCGACGCCAAGAGCAAACGCAAGUGAAGGAGGGGGUCUCCUCUCAACAGACCUGGGUCCAAAUUCAAAACGUUUGUCACCUGUUCUGCUUACUCUGACAGCGCCGAUUCACUUUUAAUUUCUCAUCUGGCACUUGUUCCGGGUUACUAUUGCAGCAAAAUUAUUGGCAGACGUUUUGAGUUCUAAUUUUUGUGUGCAAAGCAUACAUGGAAACAUGUGUAGGUACUUUAGUGGUUGCAAAUGUCUGCAGUUAAGUGUGGAGCUUAAAACUGCCAAUGUAGAUUUUAAUAAACAUUCACAACAUGAAUAUUUUACACACCUCUCUCCACACAAAAUAAUUUAGCUACACAAAUAAGACUCUUGCCACGUGUUAAGUACUUGCUCCCCACACUACGGACCUGGAAGACGUGCCACAUGACUGACUAUAUAGCCCAUUAAAGGGUCAUGUGUCACCUCAACUUGACUGGAAUGUCUGAAGUCAUAACCUUGCAUCAUUGUUACAACUUGGUUUUCUGUUUAAAGACUACGAUCCCAACUUCCUGUUUCAACCUUCAACAACCUGACAUGUAAGUGGGGGGGGGGAUGCAAAACAGGCUAUAAUGAAAAAUUUGUUGACUUUUGUCAUGUUUUUGUUAUGAUCAAGUCAUCAUGACUACACAUUGCAUGCCCUUUUUUCCCCUACUGCCAAGCAGAACAGUGUUCCUGUAAAAUUGUAAGCAUGUACACUGCAUCACCCUCAUUGUUAGUUAAGCAUUUAUAUAAUGAAUUACAGCUCGAGUUUUGUCAGUCGUGACAAUAAAAGAUGGGACUUUUUGAUGCAGGCUGUUUGAAUAAAAGUUGAUUAUCUGGGUGAGGUAAGCGAGGAAGCUGGAGAACAGAUGCGUUCUACUUAAAAGCAAUUAAGUGCAUUUGAGUGCUAUCGAUCCACUGAGGGAGAGCAGGACCGGAAAUGUGCUGAGACAUUGAACUGCAAAAUGAAGGGUGUGUCCCUUUUCAAGACUGAAUUUGCAGCAAACUUUUAUUCUCUUGUGAAAUGCUGAUCUGCUUGGAAAACUACACAUUCAUGGCUUAACAGUGGGUGGAAAUGCUACUCUUUAAAGAAAAACAAAAAGGGACAAAGUUGUAAUUUAUUAAAAUUGUUUUAUGUUUAAGUUGUACGAAAAUAUUUGAAGAGUACAAUAUGCACUCCAGCAUCCAUCUUAUGUGAAGAUACUGUGCACUGUUACUUUGAAACAUUUUGUUUUUAAUAAAAGCUUAAGAUCUGUA